UAUCGGUUAUGCGCUGGAGCUAAGUAUGGCGUCGCGGUCAUAUUUGACAUGGAGCGUUCCUAAAUUGAGGGCUGAAUUGGCAACAAAAGGUGCAAGUGUUGGCGGGAGAAAAACAGAACUUAUUGAAAGAUUGAAAGCAUAUGACAGAAACAGAGAUUUUCAACCCCCUCCGCUAGAAAGUGUCCCUACCCCUGUAUCUGUGGGCUGGCCAGUGUCUGGCUACCAACAGCUCCAGAAAGAACAUAAAGUUUUCCUGCCAAAAAUAACUACGGAGCAGAUAAACCAAUAUUUUGUUUACAGAAUAGCAGGUGAUAAGCAGUUUACGAAAGACAUUAAGGCAGUGUCCAAGGGUUCUGCAAUGUUCCAAGGGAAUAGAGUGCAGGCAUGCUCUGUUGUUGUGAAAGAAAAUGACAUCUUCUUUACGGGGAUUGUUGGUGCUGCGAUGAAAAAUAAGGUAUCUUUAGGAAACUAA